AUAAUGUUAAUUCUGACAAAUGACAUUACAAAAUAUUUGAGUUAUAAAUUUUUAUGAUUAGUUUGAAUCUUUCUGUGCGCGGGGUGGUUGUGUUUCAAAUUUUGAAUUUAAUAAUAUUUUACGAUUAGUCUUGUUUUUUAUUACUAGUCAACAGAAGCACUGUCUUGAAUAAAGUGUUUUUUCUAUGAUGUCAAAAUAAGUAACUGUGAUACCCGCAUAUAGUUUAAAUAAAAAUAACUUGGUGUUAAAUAUUUUGUAACAUUUAUUUUGCAUCAUGACCAUAACGAUGACGAGAAAAGUUAGUGAAUGCCAGGCAGAAACAGUUCAGUUUAUGGCUAUUGAGAAAUUGGAUGAUGAUUGCAUACAAGAGAAAGAAUUUAGCAGAGAAAACACAUUAAUAAGACGAGGGAAGAAAUUAGAAAGUAACAACAAUUUAUCAGAUGAAGAUAUCCAAUACAUGAACUAUAGAAAACUUUUAAAAUAUGAAGAAGCACCGGAAUAUUUACAACACAAUCCAUAUAUAAGAGAUGGUUACAGGAAAUUAUUACCAACUAGACUGUGUUGGGAAAGCAUAUUCUGGUGGACAAAUGAGACAAUGAAUAUUUGGACCCAUAUAUUUGGUUUCUUCUUGCUCCUAUUCCUCACAAUCAAUGAUCUGGUCAUCAUCAACAUUCAUGCAACGGUCACAGACAAAACUGUUGCCGCUAUACUUUUCUCCUGUUUUUUAAUAUGCAUGGCGUUAUCAGCGCUGUACCACACGUUCUCAUGUCGAUCGGAAAACGACUACAAUACAUUCCUCAUGUAUGACCUGUUCGGUAUAGCCUUGUCAUUACUGGCGAUAUACACCUCAGGUGUCUACUACGCGUUCUGGUGCCAUCAUGAGCUAAAGACGUUCUAUAUGAUAUCAGUGACCCUGAUAUUCGUGGUGGCCAUGGUGUUACAAGUUCCGAAACUCCAGGUCCCGUAUGUCGUUAAAAUGUGUGUGUUCAUUGGCUGGGCGGCUUAUGGGGUCCUGCCGACACUGCACUGGACCUACGUGAUGGGGGGCUUCGACAACCCCAUGGUUCAGAUAUUCUUCCCUCGUGUCAUCGGCAUGUACGUCAUAAGCGGUACAGCCUUCGCGAUAUACGCCUUCAAGAUUCCAGAGAGAUGGUAUCCAGGUAAAGUGGACUACAUCGGUCAUUCACAUCAAUGGUGGCAUAUCUUAGUGUUGGGCGCGUUAUACUACUGGCACAACUCGGCUAUGAUAUAUGUCCAGUAUAGAAUGAACCACGGCUGUGCUAACACCAUGAGGAUAUUCUAGACGCUUCUAGAAUGUUCCAUCAUGAUCUAGAACAAUCUGGAAUAAUCCAUCAGUCCAUAGAACUGUUAGUUAGGUAGAAAAAUGUCAAGUAAAGGAAUAUUCGUAACAAUACUAGAAUGUUCCAUCAAGUCAACAUUCUUUUAUUGUAACAGCCAAGAUGGCGCUUUUGUUAUAAUAAUUGUCGUCUUGAUAGUUAGUUACUUUCUAUUUAUAUUAAAGAGAAUGUUUUGAUAUCGUAUGCAAAAAAAAUAUGAUUAAUAUAUUAUGUUGAUACUCUUUAUGUAUAUAGGUUUUGAAUUUCAAAAGACUUCAAGAUAAUUAUUACUUUGUAAAUUACAUUCCUUAAGAAAUGGGCCAUAUUUGAUGUGUUUUCUGUGUUCAAAUAUUCCACUCCAUGUUGCGUUCUAAAACCAUAAUCAUUAUUAUAUAAAAUAAUUCUUGAUAAUAUUUAAAAUUUCUGAACCAGAAGAAUCUGAAUGGUUUUUUAUAGAUAACAUAUUAUUCUAUAGCAAAAUGUGUCCUUUGGGACUAAACAUAAAGAGAGAUAUGAUUUACAAAUCAAAAAAAUCAGUAUCCAACUUUACUAUAACUGUAUUAUCUGUAUUUGUGUUUUUUUUUUAUCUGUAAUAAGACAAUGGCAACUUUUAGAACAGAUAAUUUGCAGUGCCUUAUUUUAAUAUAUAUUGAGGAUUUGUUAUUAUUACAUAAGAACGGGUAUCAUAGAUCCUGGAAUGGCAUAUAAGAAUCCGGGUCCACAAAAUUCAGUCCAAAAUUUGUAUAAUUAAUAGGUAUAUAAUAAAUAUAGUUAAAAUUAUUAUAAAAUUAAAGCGACCAUGACAUAAACAAAAUAUGGCACAGUGACAUAUAGUGUAAGCUUUUGUAUGAAAAAUUGACUGUGUAUUAGUCGAUACGUUUUAAGACCUAUUCACAGAAACGCCUAUAUAAAAAGUAUUUGAAAAUGCCAUAAUUCUAUGAUUACAUGUAAGACAAUGUCGGUGCUUAGAAUAUACAUUUUUUAUGAUACUAAAAGUUAUAUUAAUUCAUGAAAGAUUAUCCACAUUUCAGAACGAACAAAUGAAAUAAAUGUAAUGAAGCUUACUACAUUUUUUUUUUUCAUUUAUUAUUAAAGUUUUUUUCAUUUCAUACGAUCACAAUUCUCAUUAAUUGAUUAUUUUAAUAAGCAGUUAAAUUUCUUUUUAUUAAAUCACUUAUAUUUGGUAUUCAAACAAUGUAGCAAGUUUGUUCACUAAAUGUUUUUUUUUUUUUAAUGUAUGUAAGUAUGUCUAUAGGGACAAUAAAAUUUAAUCUUAUCUUUAGGUACAUUAAAAUGUUAUCUUAUGUAAUGUUAGCUAUGAAGUUAUUGCUCAAGGCAGGACAUAAACAUAUUUUUUAUGUCAAGUGAGAUGUUUUAUAUAAAAAAUUUAAAGUUCUUUUUAAAUUGAUUAUGUCGAUAUUUAUAUUUAGAACGCUUAAACGUAUCAUUAAUUUUUUUAUGUUAUUUUCACUUGAUUGUUAUCUUGUAUUCUCUUUGUUAGCAUUUCUUCUGUCUGUGAUGUUUUCGUUCAAAUGUAUAUUUUUUUAGUAUUUUUAUUACGGGAUCAAUAUGGAUAUAAGAUAAUAAAAAAUAUUUUAUACAGAG